GCUCAGAACUUGCACUGAAACUUCUGGAAAGCAACACAAACAAGGCUCUGUGUUUAAAACAAGCUUCAUUCUUCUCAUUAAAGCAGCAUCACAAGAUUUUUGGAAUUGGGGCUGCAAAUAUUAUACGUGCAGGAGUCAAGGAUGCGUGUGCUGGGCUCUUUGGGAAUCCUUGUGGGACUCCUGCAUCUGUCUUCCUCUCUGCAGCUGGGAGCCUUCAACAUCAGAUCGUUUGGGGACAAGAAAUCCUCCAACACAACUCUGAUGGACAUCAUAAGCACGAUCGUCCACCACUAUGACAUUAUUCUGAUCCAGGAGGUCAGAGACAAUGAUCUGGCAGCAACCGAAAAACUCAUGGAGCAUGUCAACAAAGAUUCUCAUCAGUUCAGUUACAUCAUUAGCGAGCCUCUGGGACGCAGCACCUACAAGGAGAGAUACCUCUUCCUCUACAGGGAGCAGAAAGUGUCCGUGGCUAAAAACUACACCUAUGAUGACGGCUGUGAGCCAUGUGGGACAGACACCUUCAUCAGAGAGCCAUUUGUAGUCAUGUUCUCCUCCACUUAUACUGCUGUGAAGAACUUUGUUCUGAUCCCCCAGCACACCUCUCCAGACUUUGCCGUGCACGAGAUAGAUGCUCUGUAUGAUGUGGUGGCUGAUGUUCGCUCUCGAUGGAACACCAACGACAUCGUGCUGCUGGGAGACUUCAACGCAGGCUGUAAUUUUGUUUUGGGCUCCGAAUGGGAACAGAUCCGCCUCUUCACUGACAAGAGUUUCCACUGGUUGAUCCCAGAUAGUGUCGACACCACUGUGACCCACACUAACUGUCCCUAUGACAGGAUUGUGGUCACGGACGACAUGAUGAAGAGCGUGGUGCAAGGCAGUGCAGAGGUUUACGACUUCAUGGUGGAUCUGAAGCUCAGCCACAGUCUGGCUUUGGCUGUUAGUGACCAUUACCCCGUGGAGGUGAAGCUGACUGCUGCCUGAAUCACGACUCCACAAGAGGGCUGGAUCAAUGAAUUAAAAGACCAAAAAUA